CAUACAGAUUUUGUAUCCAUAUCUGCUCACAGCUUCACACACUCCCAUCAUUUCAUACACCCUACUCGCAAAAUGUCGAAAUCAUCGCCGGCGAACGCGAUAAAACCGGAGAUCUUCAAACACAGUCCCAUCCACUACGCCGUCGUUGUCGCCGACCACGCGACGCUGAAGAGACUUGUUUUGACUGUGCCGAAACUCGCUGAUCCGACUCAGAUUCAGAGCGAGUCGAACUCGGUUAAGCAGGAGAGACUCGCGGAGGAAGUGUCGGCGAUUCUCGAUCGGCGUGAUAAUCCGAAUCGGGAGACGGCGCUGCAUCUGGCGGUUAGGCUGAAUGAUGCUUUUGCGGUGAAGACGCUGGCGACAGCUGGCGCGGAUAUUUCGUUGCAGAACGCGGCGGGAUGGAAUGCGUUACAGGAGGCUGUGUGUAGGAGGUGUACGGAGAUUACGUCGAUUCUCGUGCAGCAUCACCACAUCGCGGCCUGGUGCAAGUGGCGUCGCCGUCUUCCGCGGCUGCUAGGGGUUCUCCGUCGUAUGCGUGACUUUUAUAUGGAAAUCUCGUUUCAUUUCGAGAGCUCAAUUGUGCCGUUCGUCGGGAAAAUCGCGCCCUCGGAUACGUAUAAGAUCUGGAAACGCGACGGAAACUUGAGAGCCGAUACUUCACUUGCAGGCUACGACGGACUUAAAAUUCAACGCGCGAAUCAAAGCUUUUUGUUCCUCGGUGACGGCGAUCCUGAUCUCAGCAUUCCGGCAGGUUCACUCCUAGUUCUCAAUCACGACGAUCACAAAAUAUUCGACGCGUUUGAGAACGCCGGAGCGCCGUUAAGCGACGCCGAUGUAGCUGCAUUCUGUGCCCAGACCAGCGUUUACCGUCCUGGAAUGGACGUUACCAAAGCUGAACUUAUUGGAAGGACGAAUUGGCGGAGACAAGAGAAGACCGAAAGUGUUGGUGACUGGAAAGCUAGGGUUUACGAAAUUCACAACGUCGUUUUUAGUUUCCGAUCACGUAAGAUCGCCGCCGGCGAAUCCGACUCUCCCGGAAGUGAACAGAUCUUACCGUUGGAACUCGAAGAAGACUCCGACGACGGUUUCUUAGUCGCGGAAAAUCCGCGAUACAGCGUCUCUAAUAAUGUCAAUAAUAGGCGGAGACACAGUAGCUUUGUUCGCGAGGACCGAGACUUCGUUUCUGUAUCGAGGAAGAGUGUGGAUAUAAUACCUGAACGUCGGAGACCGCCGUGCCCGGUGGUUGUGGCGGCGGCGCCACCGCCGCAGACGAAAGAAAAGGAGUUUGUGAAGAGUUUGAGGCCGUCUGUUUGGUUAACGGAGAGUUUUCCGUUAAAGACGGAGGAGUUAUUGCCGUUACUUGACAUCCUUGCCAAUAAAGUGAAAGCUGUUAGACGGAUGAGAGAAUUGUUGACGACAAAGUUUCCUCCUGGGACAUUUCCUGUAAAGAUUGCGAUUCCUGUGGUUCCAACAGUGAGGGUGGUGAUAACCUUCACAAAGUUUGUUGAGCUUCAGCCAAUUGAAGAAUUCUAUACACCAAUGUCAAGUCCUGCGCAGUUUGGAAGCGGGAGGAUUUCUGGGGAUGAAAUGGGGAGUGGCCUGGCAACAGGUUCAUCUCGGUCUUGGUUCUCACUCAAUGCCUACAAAUCUGGCUCGGCGAGCAAGCAUCAUUGGGAGCAGCCGGAACAGGCAAAUCCCUUUGCAAUACCAAGUGGAUACACAUGGAGUAGUUUUGAUGACAAGAGUAGGAAGAUGAAGAAAUCCAAGUCUACCAGGAAGCCAAAGUGAAGAGUGGACAGAAUGAUUAGGCUUAAGAUCCAACAUGGUGGUAUUAAUAUUAUAAUGUGCUUAUCUGACUGCUAAUAUACAAUGCUUAGAUCAUGAUGAAUAUAAAGUAGUUGAAGGUUUUUUUAAUCA